AUGAAACAAACUGAAUAUUCAAAGAAGCCGUCACUUUAUCCAAAUGAAAUCAAACAAGCAUUCGAAGGUUUAAAAUGUAUUGCAACACAAAUGAAACUAGAAGACGAAGAAAAAAAAAUUAAAGAAGAAUGGAAAUAUGUUGCAUUAGUAAUCGAUCGACUUUUUCUUUAUAUAUUCACAACAGCUUCUUUUGUUAGUACAUGUGGAAUUAUUUUACAAGCCCCAUCAAUCUAUGAUUAUCGUAUACCAAUUGAUGUUAUUAAAUCAAAUCGUUUUUAA